CCGAAACACUGAGGAUGUCCUACACAAAACUACCUUCAAUACACAGGCAUUUCACAAAUCGUUGGCUAAAGUCGAAGUCUUUACACACGAACUUCAAAAAAGGCUUUAAAGAUCCAAUCUCUUUAAACACCGAACACUCUUUAGCCACCCAACUUGAAUCAUUCUUGCAAAAACCAAGUACAAAACUUGAACAGGCAAAACAACUACAUGCCCAAUUCGUUGUUAGUGGAAUAAACAUCACCAACAAUGGCUUGUUGGGUGGGAAAAUGUUGGGUUUGUAUGUGCUAUGUAAUAGUUUCGUGCAUGCUAAGAAGCUUUUUUAUCAGCUUGAGUUUUAUUAUGCCAUGCCUUGGAAUUGGAUGAUUAGAGGGUUAGUCAAAAUGGGUUGUUUUGAUUUUGCAUUAUUGUUUUAUUUCAAAAUGUUGGGUUGUGGUGUGUUUCCUGAUAAGUAUACUUUCCCUCCUGUGAUUAAGUGUUGCAGUGGUUUGAAUAAUGUGAGAUUAGGGAAGGUGAUUCAAGAUAUGAUCUUGGAGAUGGGUUUUGAUUUGGAUAUGUUUGUUGCUAGUUCUUUGAUCAAGUUGUAUGCCAAUAAUGGCUGUUUAGAGGAUGCUAGGCUCUUUUUUGAUAAAAUGAUUGAUAAAGAUUGUGUUUUGUGGAAUGUGAUGAUUAACGGUUAUGUACAGUGUAGGGAAUCUGAUAGUGCUAUUAAGUUGUUUAAGGAUAUGAUGAGCUCUGAAGCUAAGCCUGAUUCCGUGACGUUUGCUUGUGUUCUUUCUAUCUCUUGCUCUGAGGCAGUGGUUGAGUAUGGUAGACAGCUUCAUGGGCUUGUUGUUCGUAGCGGGUUAGAUUUUGAUCCUUUGGUGGGGAAUACACUAGUGACUGUGUAUUCAAAAGGCGGGCAAUUGGGCGAUGCACGUAAAUUAUUUGAUAUGAUGCCUCAGAUUGAUUUGGUGGUUUGGAAUAGGAUGAUUGGUGGGUAUGUACAAAAUGGGUUUAUGGAUGAUGCUUCGAUGUUGUUUAAUGAGAUGAUAUCUGCCGGUAUUAAACCAGACUCUAUCACUUUUACUAGUUUCCUCCCAUCACUUGCUGAGUCAUCGAGUCUCAGGCAAAUUAAGGAAAUUCAUGGUUAUAUAGUGAGGCAUGGUGUGAUUUUGGAUGUGUACUUGAACAGUGCUCUUAUUGACUUGUACUUUAAAUGCGGGGCUGCCGUGGUGGCAUGCAAGAUGUUUAAUCUAAGCACAAAAUUUGAUAUUGUUAUUUAUACGGCUAUGAUUUCAGGCUAUGUGUUUAAUGGUAUGAAUAAGGAUGCUUUAGAAAUCUUUAGGUGGUUACUUCAAAAGAAAAUGAUUCCAAAUGCUUUAACAUUUUCAAGUAUUUUGCCAGCAUGUGCUGGUUUGGCUGCUAUAAAAUUGGGGAGAGAAUUGCAUGGUUACAUAAUCAAGAAUGAGUUAGAUGAGAAAUGUCCUGUGGGAAGCGCAAUUAUGAACAUGUAUGCAAAAUGUGGAAGAUUGGAUCUUGCACACCUAAUUUUUGGAAGAAUUUCCAUAAAGGAUGCUAUUUGUUGGAACUCAAUAAUCACAAGUUUUUCCCAGGAUGGAAAACCAGAGGAGGCCAUAUAUCUUUUUCGUCAAAUGGGGAUGGAAGGAGUGAAGUAUGACUGCGUGACUGUUUCAGCUGCUCUCUCUGCUUGUGCAAACAUUCCAGCGCUUCAUUAUGGGAAAGAGAUUCAUGGUUUCAUGAUUAAAGGUGCAUUUGAGCCUGAUCUUUUUGAUAUGAGUGCUCUGAUAAACAUGUAUGCCAAAUGUGGGAAACUAAAUAUUGCUCGCCUGGUGUUCAACUUGAUGCAAGAGAAGAAUGAAGUUGCAUGGAAUAGCAUCAUUGCUGCUUAUGGGUACCAUGGUUACCUUGCGGACUCUCUUGCACUGUUUCAUAAUAUGUUGGAAGAAGGAAUUCAGCCAGAUCAUAUCACAUUUCUCACUAUAUUAUCUUCUUGCGGCCAUGCUGGACAGGUCGAGGAUGGAGUUCACUACUUCCGCUGCAUGACUGAGGAAUAUGGUAUCCCAGCUCAAAUGGAGCAUUAUGCUUGCAUGGCAGAUUUGUUUGGCCGGGCAGGCCAUUUGGAUGAAGCGUUUGAAGUCAUAAAAAGCAUGCCAUUUCCACCUGCUGCCAGUGUUUGGGGCACGUUGCUGGGAGCCUGUCGAGUCCAUGGCAAUGUUGAACUUGCUGAAGUGGCUUCAAGAUAUCUACUUGACUUGGAACCAAAAAAUUCUGGUUACUAUUUAUUGCUUACUCAUGUGCUCGCUGAUGCUGGAAAAUGGAGGAGUGUGCAUAAGAUACAACAUUUGAUGAAAGAAAGAGGAGUCCAGAAAGUUCCUGGAUGCAGUUGGAUUGAGGUCAACAACACCACUUGUAUGUUUUUUGCUGCAGAUGGAAGUCACCCGGAAUCUCCUCAGAUCUAUUCUUUGCUGAAGAGUCUCCUCCUAGAGCUAAGAAAAGUUGGUUAUGUUCCUCAAGCUGUAGCUUGUUUUGGAAAUGAUUGAAUCUUGAGAAAUGGACAUGGCACAAGAAAUUUUAAGAUAAAUGCAGGAAAUGGAGUGAUGAAACAGAUGCGAUCAUGAAACAUAUUUGUGGCUCGAGCAUCCUCUCUGUGUCAUCUGAUUUUGAUCCAAACGAGUUGGCUUAUUCAGGAUGGGCUUCUUCUUGGGACACAUUCCCCUUAUAUCUAGCAAUGGCUGCUAUGAAACAAGAUAUAGAUGACAUGUAUUGAACAAUUCUCGCACUCAACACUAAGUUUUCUGUUGGAAUGUAGUUGGACGGGACAGGUUGGUUCGGUUUAUGAUUUUCCCAUGCUACCAGUUUUAAUUUAUGACGAAACAUUCUCUUGUUGAGGAAACCUUAUUGGCGGCUCCCUGCUGAUCAUUGCCAUAUUCUUGUUCAGCGAGUUGCUCUCUGCUCACUCUUUCUUUUUCUGUCUAGCUCUCGCUUGCCUACUUAGUAAUCCCCAUGUCAAUUUUAGUGUCUUGUCCUUGUAACACCUUGAUUAUCCCCAUUUGCUUACUUAGUAAUCCCCAUGUCAAUUUUAGUGUCUUGUCCUUGUAACACCUUGAUUAUCCCCAUCGAAAUUUCAUGGGCUUGUGAACUUUCACUACUGUUUUAUUUGAACAGAUAUUAGAGCUUAUUAUCAACUAGAUCAGCAGUUUGGUGAUAACUCCUUUGAUCGAAAACAGGAUGAGUCUAGGUUACCAAAGAUUUAUCCAGAGCGGUGAACGCUAUGCUAAGUUUGGCGUCCUACUUAAAUCUGGAACUGAGGUUUGGAUGAUCAAUAGCAUAGAUAUUAGAAGUCUGUUUAUAUACACAGAACUUUUGAGUUGAUUUUGAUGUCAUUGCUUUCGUGUGCAACAUAUAGAAGACUGCACAUGGAGAGAACGAUGAUAAUAGUUAAAAAUAUCAACGUGUCUGUUACUCCUUGACUUCAAGAAUGGUAUUUGCGAAAAAUUCUGUUUUAAUAAGCAACACAAAUACCUCAAUAAUCAAGUAAACUCCUUACAAUAAUGCCCUAUUCCAGUAUGUUCUUGUUGAUAAAUUCUCAUGCUCUUCUGUAGCCAGAAAAAAAUCUAUAGACUAACAAAGAUAAUUAGCAAGUGUCACAAAUCACACACCCAGGUCUGGUUUAUAUUCGGCAGUUUGAUGAUUACCAUCUUGGUUCAUAGGCAGUUCUCGAGGAUAAGAAACUUACUAAAAGAAACAUGACCAUUUCCUGAACUGGUAUUGAGGCUAAAGUUCGUGGUAUACUUUAUUCUCUCCAUGACAUUACUUGCCAUUCUGUAUUGAACUUGGGAAUUGUUUGUCCUUGAUAUAUUCAUUAUGUAUAUGACAAAGAUGCAUGAUGUCUGCUAAAAUUCUUUUCGUAUCUGAUGAGCAGUGGUACUCCGUAGUUGAUACAAAGACAUCCGGGGAUCAAAAAUUCCCUUUAUUGCUAUAUAGCAUACAAAGUUGCAAUAAAAGAUAAGUAUUGCUAUUCUAAUCCCACCAUGCUUUGCUGCUUAAAGUGAGGACCAGAUCCUCUUUCUCUGAUUAUUUUAAGAACUAGGCCCCAUCUUUCAUGGACAUAAUCUCCAAAUCUUACCAGCAUAAUUUGCACCUUUGUGUCUUAAUUUGAUUCUGAUCUGGAGCUUAUAUUUUAAUGAACCAGCUGUCUGUGAUAGCAUUCUAGUUUGUUUUCCACAGGUGUGCCACACAGUGCGGCCGCGAGCACAUACAAUCCAGGUAAGAAAACAUAUCCAUCUACAGGAGCCAACCCUUACUGCAUAGGAAUUUUGGGCAUUAAAGCAAAACUGCUGAGGUGAAGUUGGUACCUAAAAGAUCUUUCCAGGUCUAUCUUGUUUGUUUCAGGGUGGACAGUGUCAUAUUCCUUAAAAGAGUGCAUUUCCUUUUUUGUAUCUCUCUGUGUUUCAUGACCGAUGAUGGAAGUCAAGCUGUCUUUCUUGGCAGGACUGUUGUAAAUUCUAAGGGAGUUGGGAGUUCCUUGCAAUUCUUCUUUUCAUUGAAGAGAUCCUAUGGCUAGAAUUAAUUCACAUUAUUGAAGCAAGCUUUGAAGAUUCAUCUGACUUGACAUGGAAAUUUGUAAAACACAAGAUUAUGUUAUUUGCAGCAUGAUUUUAUCAGAUUACAUCACAUUUGCAUAUUA